AUGUUUUUCAGUGAUCAGAAACUUACAUCUAACAUGCUCUGCUCCUUCUUAGCUCUCUUGCUCCCCCUGGUGGUGAACUCCCACCCUGUCGGUCGAAGCCUGUUGCCCUUGGACUGUGAGGACAUCUACCAAAAUGGGUCCGUGCACAACGGGGUUUACACCAUCUACCCAACGACAGCCGACAAGCCUGUGGAGGUGUACUGUGACAUGGGGUGUACAGAGGAUGAGAAUCACAAAGAUGGACAGUGGACGGUGAUCCAGAGAAGAAUGGAUGGCACUGUAAACUUCUACCAGCCCUGGGAUCACUACAAGGAGGGCUUUGGGAACAAGAACGGAGAGUACUGGCUGGGUCUGGAGACUAUUUUCAGCCUCACCUGGAGGGGUAAGUAUGAGCUGCAGGUGGACAUGGAGGAUUGGGAGGGGGGCAGUGUCUAUGCCCGAUAUUUGUCCUUCUCCAUUGACUCGGAGGACGAUGGCUACGAACUUCACUUGGGCGGAUACAUCAACGGUGGAGCGGGUGAUGCUCUAAAUUAUGUGAAUGGGAGGAAGUUCUCAACCUACGACAAAGACCAAGACUCCAGUUACUCCAACUGUGCAGACCUGUAUGAUGGAGGCUUCUGGUUCUAUAGCUGCCCAUAUUACGCCAACCCCAACGGAUUGUACAAGGGGAAGGGGAGUGUGGAGUAUGGUACCGGAAUCAAUUGGACCUUCUGGAAAGGCCUUUAUUACUCUCUAAAGUCCAUCAGGAUGAAAAUCAAGAGGGUGGCUCUAUCUGAGGCGUAA